CUCUGCUCUACAGGAAGUUAAACCCCGCUGUUCAGGUUGGGCUCGGUUGAGUGAGAAAGUUGAGCAGGUCUGUCGGCUGCUGGGUUUGGAAAAAUGGACAGCCAGGGAAGGAAAGUGGUGGUGUGCGAUAACGGAACCGGGUUUGUGAAGUGUGGCUAUGCAGGUUCCAACUUUCCAGAGCACAUCUUCCCUGCUCUGGUGGGCAGGCCUAUCAUUCGCUCAACAGCUAAAGUUGGCAACAUUGAGAUUAAGGACCUGAUGGUAGGGGAUGAGGCCAGUGAACUGCGCUCGAUGCUGGAGGUGAACUACCCCAUGGAGAACGGCAUUGUCCGGAACUGGGAUGACAUGAAGCACCUGUGGGAUUACACUUUCGGCCCAGAGAAACUCAACAUCGACUCGCGCAACUGCAAGAUCCUCCUCACAGAGCCUCCAAUGAACCCCACCAAGAACCGCGAGAAGAUCAUUGAGGUUAUGUUUGAGACCUACCAGUUCUCAGGAGUUUACAUUGCUAUUCAGGCUGUGCUCACAUUGUAUGCUCAAGGUCUCUUGACAGGAGUUGUGGUGGAUUCAGGCGAUGGCGUUACCCACAUCUGCCCAGUAUACGAGGGCUUUUCUCUUCCUCAUCUCACUCGCAGAUUAGACAUUGCAGGCAGAGACAUAACUCGAUAUCUAAUAAAGCUCCUGCUUCUGCGAGGCUAUGCCUUCAACCAUUCAGCAGAUUUUGAGACUGUACGCAUGAUGAAGGAGAAGCUGUGCUAUGUGGGCUACAAUAUUGAACAGGAGCAGAAACUCGCUCUGGAGACAACUGUCCUGGUGGAGUCCUACACGCUCCCUGAUGGUAGGGUGAUUAAGGUUGGAGGGGAGAGGUUUGAGGCACCAGAAGCUCUGUUCCAGCCCCAUUUGAUUAAUGUGGAAGGUGUGGGAGUGGCCGAGCUGCUCUUCAACACCAUUCAGGCAGCAGACAUUGAUACCAGGUCCGAGUUCUAUAAACACAUUGUUCUCUCAGGGGGUUCCACCAUGUACCCUGGCCUCCCCUCUCGGCUGGAGAGGGAACUCAAGCAGCUCUAUCUGGAGCGUGUGCUUAAAGGCGAUGUUGACAAGCUUUCAAAAUUCAAGAUCCGGAUUGAAGACCCUCCACGGCGCAAGCACAUGGUGUUCCUGGGUGGGGCCGUGCUGGCCGACAUCAUGAAAGACAAGGACAACUUCUGGCUGACCCGGGAGGAAUAUCAGGAGAAGGGCAUGCGCGUGCUGGAGAAGCUUGGCGUCACAGUCAGAUAAACUCCGUUACAGUCUCCAAAACCUCCGGCUCCAGCCCACCGCACCCCCAUCUCCCCACUAUUCCAUAUACAGGAUAUCCAGAGCAUCUGUCCGCGUGUGUUGUCAUAUUUCCCACCUCCUGCAUUCUGCUUCUCGUGCCACUGAACUGCGUGAUCACUUUUAGAGAGAGAAGACUUGGGGGUGUAGUGUAUGAGGGAUAAUGGAAAGUGAAUGUUAGAGUUCAGCCUCCAGUUUCUUUGGUCCUUAGUCACUGUCCUGACACACCAGUAGCAGAAAGUGGGCACUAGACAGCUGCAGCAGGUCACCAGCAUUCAUUUCAACUUAUGUCAGUCGUUCUUGUUUGAGGUCCUCUGCAAUACUGUGAUGAUGGUGGUGGUGAUGAUGAUGACUGAGGGUACAUUUAAGCUUUCACACCAAAUCUAAUGGAUGAAUACAUGUGUGCAUUGCAUAGCUAGGACCAUCAACAACCUGUGUAUGAGUAAUAAAUCAAACUGAUAUAAGUUGCAAAGGAUUCUUGUGACAUAACGAGUGUGUUAUAACACUGUCUGCCUAACAAAGAAAGGUAUAAAUGAAACGAAACUCUAUCCAUCUAAUCUGUGUUACAAAUACAAACUGUAAUGAAACACCAAACCAAACUUAAUGACGGUUAUUGCUUUUCUCUACUGUGUGUGUACCAGAAAAUGGUCUCUGAACAACAGGAAACAGCUCAAGUCCUCCAGUCCCCUUUUUCUAACACUCUCUGUCUCCACUUUCCUUGUUCAUGUGUCAAGUGCUUGUCCUUAAUGAGUUCUUGUGCUCAGGGUUUUGGUGUGCUGGGCUAAAGUUUGUUUUUCCUUUUUUUUCUUAAAAUAUAUAUAUUUUUUUCUAUGCUUUAGCAUUGACUCAGCAAUCCCUUUAAAUGGGAAUUGGCCAGUUCUUUCCAGCUCCCAGCUAUUCCAGAAGAUGAUCAGAUGAUGUAAGAGAGAGAUGGGAGAUUAGUUUUGCUAUUAUUUUUUUUUAAGUUUUACUUCUAAAUCCCUAUUACCUUAAUUUGUUUUGUUCAUUUGCAGUUUAUUGCUGUCAAAAUUACACAAAUUGUGUAGUAUAAAUUUCACUCUACAGUGAACUGAAAACGACUUUCCUUGUUAUUCAGAAAAAAAAGUUAUAGUUUGUAAAGCUCUCAGUGUGUAACUGAGCUUAAGGGGGUGACACCAGCAUGGCUGAUUAUUAUGAUAACUUGCAGGCAAUAUGGGGGGAAAAAAUCUUUUUACUUUUUUUUUUUGUAUUAUUUUUUAAAUUCCUUUUCAAGCCUCUGGGCCUCGUAUACUAGAUGCACCUCAUACUCUUUGUACGUUUCCAUAAAUGCUCAUGCAGUGCCAAGGGCAGUUGAUCUGACUGGAUCUCCUAUGUUCUUUUUUUAUUAUUAUUGGUGUUGUUAUUAAUAUAAUAGCAUAACUGCCUAAUGUUGAUUUAAAUAAAGAACUUGAUUUAUACAUAA